AUCAUAGAAUUCAUCCCUUGCAAUAUUUCAGCAAAGAAAGCUUCACAUAUCUCUCCUCAAGAUUGAGUAAUCCUCAAGCCUCAAGAUGACGAUUGUGGAGAUGAGAGUGCACAUGGACUGUCCUGGAUGUGAAAGCAAGAUCAAGAAAGCUCUACGGAAACUUGAUGGGGUUGAUAACGUUGAUGUGGACAUGGGCAUGCAAAAGGUGACAGUCACUGGCUAUGCAGACCAAGAAAAGGUUCUCAAAACCGUGAGAAAAACCGGAAGACUAGCUGAGCUAUGGCCAUUUCCAUACAACCCUGAAUAUCAUGAUUUCAACUAUGCAUACUACAGUCACUACUACAGAAAUCCGGCAACCAACUUCAGCGUUAAUCCGGAGAAUUAUUUCGCCUCUGAGGCUACCGUUUUCACCAAACAUGACAAGUAUUCUUUCUCUUCAUACAAUUAUGAGGUGCAUGGAUACAAUGGCCAUGAUCAUGGUUACUAUCACAAACCACCACUCUCGACUGUGAUCGAUGAUAGGACCAGGGACAUGUUUAGCGAUGAAAAUGCUCAUGGUUGUUCUAUAAUGUGACGGAAGAUUGCAGUGGCAAGAGGGUUGAGCUUUGCCGAAUGAAUUCCUGCAGUUGAGCAGCUUUUUACAUCUCAAAAUGACAUUGGAUGUAUAUAUAGUUAAGAGCAUGCAUGCCAUAUUAUAUGCAUGAGAAGUGCAGCAACUGGAUAAUUACACCAAACGUCUAUAGCCGCACCUAUCCUCGAUUCGUAGUUAGUAGAGUCUUGUAACCAUCGCUGCCU